AUUGAGACGACAAUUCGUGCUGUAAGUGGUCACAACUGGUUGAAUGUGUUAAAACUUAUUUUGAAUUGUUAUAAAGGAGACGGUUUUGUUUGGUUUCUAUGCAAAACUUUGUGUCUUAAUUGGGUCGCCAGCAGACACUCAUUGGAAAGAAAAGACCUUGCUUAUGAUUGGAGAGACAGGGACAGGCAAGAGUACCCUAGUUGAUGGAAUGGCCAACUACAUACUUGGAGUUGCAUGGAGCGAUCCGUUUAGGUUUAAAAUCGUAAAUCUUGAGGAAGAAGAAAAACAAAAGAUAAGAAAUCAGGCCGUGUCCCAAACAGAGUGGAUUACCUGCUACACUAUUCACCCUCAAGCGGGAAGCAGACUUCCGUAUACAAUCAACAUGAUCGACACACCAGGCUUUGGUGAUACAAGAGGACUUGAACGAGAUCAGGAAAUCGUGGAACAGAUUCGAGAGUUGUUUUCAGAAAAGCCUCCAAAGGGUGUGUUAUAUAUUGACGCAGUUUGCUUCCUAAUUAAGGCACCUGAUGCACGUCUUACGCCAAUUCAGAGCUAUAUUUUUCAGUCUAUCAUGUCGUUGUUCGGAAAAGAUAUAGAAGACAAUAUAUGCUCUCUGAUAACAUUUGCGGACGGUAUGGAUCCACCAGUUUUCGCAGCUUUGGAUGAGUCGGGAUUGCCAUUUGGAGAACGUUUUACGUUUAAUAAUUCUGGCCUUUUUGCAAAAAAAUGCGGGUCUGUCUCAAAGCUGUUUGUCACCAAUGUUUUGGGAAAUGGGGCUCGUGAGUUUCAGAAACUUAUUUAAGCAUCUCGAUACCUUAGCAACAAAAAGCUUGCAAUUAACGAGCGAUGUUCUGUAUGAACGAAGUCGCUUAGAAGCAACAAUCCAAAACCUCCAACCAAAACUAGAUAUUGGUCUCAACAAAAUAAAUGAAUUAAAAACUGAAAUGAAAUUAUUUGAAGACAACAAGUCCAUUAUCGCCGACAAUAAUGAUUUUACGUAUGUUGUUCAAACAACACAUCAGGAAAAAAGAGACCUUCCAAGGGGGAUACAUGUAACAAACUGCAUAAAUUGCCAUUUUACAUGCCAUGACAAUUGCGCGUAUGCAAAUGAUGAUGAGAAAAUCAACUGUUGUGCAAUGAAUGAUGGAUAUUGCACUAUAUGUCCUGACAGAUGUUUUUGGCAGCAACAUGCAAAUACACCGUACAUAUUUACAUAUAACCUUGUUGAGGAAACUAAAACAUAUAGUGAAAUGAAAAACAAAUACGAAGAGGCAUCUGGUAAAAUACUAUCACAGGAACAAGUUUUAGAUCAAAUGGGCGAAGAACUCAAUGAAAUGGUAGACACUAUCGAAGAUAUGAUGAUUGUUGUCCGAGACUGUAAUACCAGACUAGCGGCAAUAGCUCUGCGUCCGAAUCCCCUUUCACUGGUAGAACACAUUGACUUGAUGAUCGAGAAUGAAAAGAUGACUAAAAAGAAAGGUUGGUAUGAGAGGGUUCAGACGCUUCAUCGGUUCCGAAAAAGGGCUAUGGUCACAAAUGAAGUUGAACACUUUCACAGGGAAGCAAAAAACCUUGGGAUGAUCGGAAAGAAAAUUCAAAACAAAAGGACUGUUUUCAAGCGAUUUAAAGAUCUGUUUGGUUGGUGAUGGUCUGACUAUUAAACACCAUAUGUUAAAAAAAAUCCGAUUGUUCUUUGUGUGCAAAAAUUAAGAAAGUUUCUUUAGAUACUUUCAGUUGGAAAAUAUGCUGGACGUUUGCACUCGAUUUCAAAAAAGGUGUAUCCAUAUUGUUCGUUGUAAACUUUAUUUGCCAUCUACUUCGCAUAUAAUAACAUAUAAUUAUCAAUUACAAUAUCGCAGUUUAAGCAGCCUGGCAAGUAUGAAAUUUUGUUGUUUUUACGGUAUUCAUGAAACUAUGUCAUCCGAACUUAAGAUGAACUUACUGGCUUUUAGUAAUGCUUGAAUAAUGAAAUGUAUUCUAUUAAGACUACAGCUUUCGCCAGACGAUCAACCAGAGGAAGAACAAGGUGGUGUAUGCAUCGCACAAUAGCAGCACUGCGCCGAUAUAAAUAACCCACGAUUUUGCUCUUGUAAAAGUAGUAGAAAUUGUAAUAAUAGACAUAUAAGUAGACGUAGUAUAAACAGUUGUUGUUGUUGUAGUAGUAGUAGUAGUAGUAGAAGUAGUAGUAGUAGUAGUAGUAGUAGUUGUUGUUGUUGUUGUUGUUGUUGUAUUUGUUAUUGUUGUAGUAGUAGUUGUGGUUGUGGUGGUGGUGGUGUUAGUGGUGGUGGUGGUGGUGGUGGUGGUGGUGGUUGUUGUAGUAGUAGUAGUAGUAGUAGUAGUAGUAAUAGUAGUAGUAGUAGUAGUAGCAGUAGAAGAAAUUGUAAUAGUAGACAUAGAAGUAGACGUAGUAUAAGUAGUAGUAGUAAAAGUAGUAGUAGUAGUAGUAGUAGUAGUAGUAGUAGAAGUAGAAGUAGUAGUAGUAGUAGUAGUAGUAGUAGUAGUAUGUUAUUUUUGUUGUAGAAGUUGUUGUUGUUGCUGCUUGUGUAGCAGUAGUUGUAGAUUUUAUUAUGUAAUUGAUGUUUCAUGUUGCUCUUUUAAAUGUUGUUGUUAUAAUGUACAUUUUGGUUAUGCGUAUGUGUUGUAUAUCGGGAUGUGGUGUUAUGUCUUAUUCUAUACUCUCUGCACGAAAUUGUUCAAGGUAAUUGACUAACUACUAUUUGAUCAUUGACCUUAAAUUGCGUGAUCUUUGUUUUAUUUCAAAGAAUAUAUCUCAAACACAAAAUACAUUAUUUAUUAAUUUAUUUAAAUACAUAUUAUUUUUUAUACCGAAUAAGAACGUAUCCAUAUAUUAUUCAAUUAAACAAGUUGUUAUUUUUGUUAUGUUAUGUACAACAAGUAACGAAUCGUAUAGCUUCAAACAUUUUGGAAAUAAAUAUUGUUUUAGUUA